AUGGGGCCGCCGAUGCCAGAAGACCCUUUCCUCACAUCUGUCCGGCUGACUCCAUGGCUCGCCAGAAAACAUGAGAUCGAGGAGGCCCACUUCGCAGACGGACACGCCCAGCAGCUGUGUUUGGGGCCUCCAAUGUAUUCAUCAGGCCUUCCGCCGUGCCUGCAGCAGGAAGCAUCUUUGGCCCUGACGAUGGCCUUGAGGUGGUGGAACCAGGACUCCUACCUACGGCUGGGUGGGACGGCAUUGCUCACUGCCGGCAGGUUAAUGCACAGCGGGCAGUCCAACGUUCUUGAUGUUUGUGGAUCAGGUGACCUUUGCAGUGCGAUCGCUGUGGAUGAGAUUCCAGCAGAGCUGAUUCUUGAGACGGAGCCAGACGCAUGCAUCUUUCACUCUGCUCGCGACGUUGCGUCGGCGCUGCCGCCACUGCUGCGGGUGCAGCGGGGAUGCGAGGAUCCGGCUGAUCUCAUCACCGCCAUACUCCAUGAUGGUCGGCUAAAGCCCAUUUGGCUGCCUUUUCGGGCGGAAGGAGGAGAAAUGCCAGCACCACCAGCACAUGUGCUGUCCUGCUUGGCGAUUGGCAUUCCUGUGAGCCAGGCAUGGCUGUUGCAUGCUCCUGAGACGCAGCUGGAAGGUGCUGCGUGUUUGGAUUUCAUCAAGAGGAACUUGGACACAAUCAACCUGGAUAUGCCAGCAGUGCUGCUGUCGCCAAGUUUGUUGCCAGAGAAAUGGACGAUUCGUAACACAAAGGCACUAGAGGAUGCUUUGCAAUGGAUGCGCAAGAAUAGUGAGACCAACAUCAUGGGUUUCCCCUUGCUUUCAGAAGAUUCCUGGAGGUGGAAAGUCAGGCGCUUGCGCCAUCAGUAUUGGAAGCUCUUCUUCACAUCCUCAGAAACGAUCGAAGAGCACACCGGCCUGGCUGGUGAGCCUUGCGCUGUGGGCUUCCCUUCUGCAACCCGGGCCUUUGGAGCAGCGCGCGUGUUGCGGUCGCUGUUGUCAUUGGUGGAGUCAGAUCCAGACAAUCCGUGGAACUGGCUUCUGGACAUGGACCUGCAGAUCCACAAAGCAGGAACUCAGGUUCUCAGCUGUGCUGGUUGGCCAAUGCCUGAAGUGGACUACCUCACGCGUGUAACAUUGACCGAGCACAUGACAACCAAGCACCAGGUGGAGCUUGCAAACUUCGAUGGCCGUGAGGACGUUUAUUGCAUCAAAGGAGCCAAUUGGUUCCAGGUAGCUCAGAAAGGCUUGGUGGCACCCUACUGCUUCCGAAGAGAUGUGAUGAAGGCCUUUCGUCGGCUUCGAGAUUGGUGGACCUCUUUGGAUGCUCGGAACUUCCUGGUGCCAGAGGAGGGCACCUUCCUAGCGCUUUUUCGCAAUGGCAACGCUGGGAUCAUGCCUUGGGACUCGGACUUCGAUGUGAAGCUCUACAGUGAGCAGGAUCUCACCAUGGAAGGCUUCAUGAAUCGUACCCUAGAGCCGGAGUUCAAAGCGAUGCAGAUUGAAGCAUAUGCCUAUGAUGGCUGUGGCCAGGAUAGCUAUGUGCUUCUAAGACAGGCCAACAUCACACACCACAUUGGUGACGCUUAUGUGCGUGGCAGCCAGAAGACCCACCCAUGGAAAGCUCGGCUCUUUGGGACAGAGAUUCGUUUGAGCCCGGAGCACUUGGAACACAUUUUCUUCACCCGCUAUCGCACUCCGGUACAAAAGUUAUUUGGUGAUGGCAUUCCUUUGCAGUGUUUCCAUCCCGGGCACAAUGCGUGCAUGCCAGACUGCCAAGAUCCAACGAAGCCCUGUGACUUCGAGGACCACUUCGUGCACGUGUAA